AGUCACUCCUCUCAUGAACGCGCACGCCAGUGGAAAGUUUCAUCGUCACUGACGGCGUCGCGCAUCCAAGGGACAGCAAUCAUCAGAGAGAACGAUCUGAAAUCAACACGCAGAAAUGGGUCGCCUAACAGUAGUGUUUCUCUGUAUGGCUCUUGUGGUGUCAGGUGAGGCCAAACGAGGGAGUGGCAGUAAAGGUGGACUCGGCUGGGGCAAAAGUAGCGGAAGCUCAAACAAAGGCGGAAGCAGCACAGGAAGCCAAGGUAGCAGCAGCAAUAAAGGCACUUCAUCACGUGGUGGGACACACUCGUCCCCUGGAAACUAUCCUCGGCAACCUCAAGUACCAAACCAGAAUCCACCGCCCUACCCUGGUACUGGUGGUGGGUAUCCGCCGCAGGGCAGAUAUCCACCAGCAGGCUCUAACCCAGGUCAAGGAUACCCCAACCAAGGUAGCUACCCAGGACGUGGUGGCAAUCCCGCCCAAGGUGGUUAUCCCGCCCAAGGUGGUUACCCGCCCCAAGGUGGUUACCCCGCUCAAGGUGGUUACCCACAAGGUAACUACCCAGGGCGUAGUGGUUACCCAGCACAAGGUGGUUACCCAGGGGGAGGAUCAUAUCCAGGAGCAGGUUCGAACCCCAACAGGUACCCUGGACAAGCCGGAGGAUAUGGAAAUCCUUACCCAGCUGGAGGCUCUUAUCCAGGUUAUCCAGUCCGUGGAGGUUCCAGCCCUAACCAGUUUGGUGGAGGUGUUGCAGGAGCAGGUGCAGGUGGAUAUCCAGGAGCGGCACAAUAUCCUUACUGGAACCCCAACAACAAAAUCAUGAGCCCAAGAUACGGUGGCAACUACGGUGGCUAUGGACAGGGCGGCAGAUCACCUUUCGCCCAGUCAGUGCAGAACAUGGGUAUGGCCCCUUCAUAUAAAUCACAGGGGUUUGGCAAGCAGGCAAUUAUGGCGGCUGGGGUUGGGGCAGUGGCUGGUAUGGCUAUAGGAUACGGCCUCGGAAGUUUCCCCCGCCCCCGUUUUAGUUUCCACAACCCACAGGAGGAAUACUACUACAAUAACUACAUGUACAAACGUUACGGCCAGCCUCCUCCUGAAGGUAGCGUGAAUGGGAACACUAACUCUCAAGGUCGAAGCCCAGGCGAUGCUGGAUCGACUUCUGCCGGACAAGGAAACAUUAACCCUCAUGACAUCUUCCAGAAUCCUCCACCGCAGUCCUAUGAUAGCUUCAUGGACAAGUGUAUAAAGAGGACAGACUUGCUCCGAGAGAAAACGGAUGGAAGAUCGAGAAGAUCCAUUGACUUUGUUGAGGCUCAAGCAGCAGAUGUAGACGAUGAUCCUACUGGUGCUCAAGAAAACACCACAGGCAACAAUAGCACUGCAGAAAGAGACACAGUCAGAAACUCUUCAUUUGUAACGUCAAGCCCACCUGAAACACCAAGUGAAGCUCAAAAGCAAACCCAAGACAAAAUUUCUGAUGGUGAUGAUGAUUAUGAUGACACAGUUAGCAUUAUGGAGAUCGGCUAUCCUGUGCUGAUUGAGCAAAUGAAAGCACGCCGUUGUGUCGAGCUGUACAUGGUCUAUGCUGAACAGCAUGCAGAAAAACAGAUACAAGAUCGCAUUAACAGUAGUGGUGACAUACCUGGACCCUUCAACCAUGGAGUCAUGCUACUCUUUACUAGCAUUCUGUCGCUAAUCUUCAGUGUCCUUCUUCACUGAAAUUCUGGAAAAAGUUACACAUAAAGCCAUCGAGUCAGACUGAGAACUGGAUCGUCCGCACCCAUCACAUGUUAUCUGAGGAAUUUGUCUAGGAUGUUUAGAGACUUUGGACAAGGUAUUGGACACCUCUAACAAUGACUCCUAUAUAGUUACUCUACUAAAUUGCAACAUGAGCCACCUAACAAUAUGUCAUGAGCCCACAUCUUAGAGCAAUUUCUAAAGUAACUAAAAACUUUUGCAGACAUCUACUUUUUACAGUGUUCACAUUCCAUCACUGCCACAUUAUUGCAUGUGUUUUGGUGAACCGCAUGUCGCAUGAACCCUUUAUUAUCUUCAGUUUAAACAAAAUUGUGCAUGGCAUUGGCAUUUUGUUUUCCUGUGGCAACAACAAUUACAACUAACCGUGAUUAUUUUGUUGUAGCUUGGUUCUGUUCUCAUGGCAGUUCUUUUGAGAACAGAUCUGUUCUCGGUUCUGAUGGCAAACCUAUAUGUGUAGUAAUAUUUUGUGUUGUAGUGUUAUCUUUGAUUGUUUGGACUGUUAACUUAGAGAUUAAAUUUCUACUGAUGUAUUUAUUUAUUUUAAAUUCUAAUUAUAAACAUAAUGUUUUUACACAGUCCUCCACUGUUAGCUUUAGUAUUUAUAUUUUUAGGGGACAUUCCCAAAGAAUGUGUUUUUGUAUUCCACUCCAUUGUUUUUCUGUAUAAACAUAGACUAGACGGACAUCUUUGACCAUUAAAUCUUUUUGAAGUAGAAACAUAAACACUGCAUUUUCAAAAUGCAGUAUCAAAUUAAAAACUAAUUAAAACACACAGACACACACACACACAGAGUCUCCAUUUCCUUGUGUUUUUAUUUCAUUCCGCCUUCUCUGCGUCUUAUGUUUUAAAACGUUAAAACUCUCUCUGUGUGAGUGUUUUUGUGAUCAUAACUGUUUGGUUUUUAACUCUGUAUGUCUUAUAGUUUAAUUCAUAUCAGAUGUACAUGAAAUAUAACACUAAUGCAGGUCAGCUCAAUGAGAUAAAACAGCAUUUUAUAUAAAGCUGGAUCUUUAUUAGUUGCUUGGUGCUGUGGUUUCUCUGAAUAUAAGUGCUGAACAUUCAAGUAGAUUAUCAUCAUAGCUUGGCACUUUGCUAAAUCAUGUAUCUAAAAACACUGGAUGACCAGUAGAAGGCAAUGCUUAACGCCUUUAUUGUUAUGCCUUUGAGAUGUUGUGAAUGUUGAAAGUGUGUAUAAUGUUACCAUCACCGUGAUUAAAGUGAUUAAAUGCACCUUA